GUAUGCGGCGGAGGUGGAGAAGGUGAGUCGGGUGCGCACACGUCACCACUCCACGGCGCACUUUAGUACAACUCUUUUAACCGGCCACCUCCUCUCCUAACUUUUCUAACCUACGCCUCUCCUCCGCCUCUUUAUUAUCCCUAACCCCACCGCUCCCCCCACUAUCCCUAAUCUCUUCCUCUCCGCCGCCAUGUCAACCCCCGAUGGAUCUCCCGUCGCCACGGCCGUCGAUCCCUCCACCGCCGUCACCGUCGCGACCGCCACGACGAGGAGAGUCCCGCCUCCGUGCUGGAACGACGAGGAGACCGCGGCGCUCGUCAACGCCUACAAAGACAAGUGGUUCGCCCUCCGCCGCGGGAACCUCCGCGCGGCCGAUUGGGACGACGUCGCCGCCGCUGUUUCCUCUCUCCACACCCUCGGAGGUCCGGCGAAGUCGGCGAUCCAGUGCCGGCACAAGAUCGAGAAGCUCCGGAAGCGCUACCGCGGCGAGAAGCAGCGGUCUCUCAACCGGCCAGGCAAGUUCUCCUCCUCGUGGGAUCUGUUCCCCGUGCUGGACGCGAUGGAGUUCGCGCCGGUUACCCCGACCGCCGCGGAACCGUACGAUCCGGAUCCGGAUAACGACGAGGAGAGUAACGGUUUGGAUGGAUUUAGGGUUAGGUCGAAGAGGUCUGGGAAAUUCGAUGGGUUUGGGGUUAGAUCUAGGUCAAAGAGUCAGAUGAAGAUGUACGGUGGUGGUGGUUUCGAUUCGGAUCACGAUUCGGGAGGUGGUGGGUUUGGGUUGAAGAGGAGAUACAAUGGGAACCCUAAGGUUAGUAGUGGUGGUGCUGACUUCGAUGCUGAUUCUGAUGAAGAGAUUGUGUUAGUGCCUAAGUCAGGUAGGCUCAAGGGUUCAUCACAUGGGAAGCCUUCCUCUGGCGAAUUUGGUGGUGGGUUCCCGUUGAAGUCCUUUGGCGAUCGGAGUUUCGCCUCUCAUGGGUUUAAUAAAGCUAAGAGCUUUGGUAAGCCGGAAGCCAAUUUCUCUCCGGAGAUGGAUUAUGAUGAUGAGUUUGAUGAAGGGUUCAGCCCGAGGAUUCAGCACGGUAGGAGCUCGUCGCGAGCCAAUGGUUAUGGGAGAAAGGACGGGAGCUAUCCCCGGGGGAAUAACACGGGUGUUGUGUCUAAUGGGUAUGGUUCGUCUUCUAGGUUCAAGCACGAGCAGAUGAAUGCUGUAGCAGAUGUUGAGUCUGCUGACCCGAUUGAUGAAGUUGUGUCUUCGGUGAAGAUGUUGACGGAGAUGUUCGUGAGGGUGGAGAAUUCGAAGAUGGAGAUGAUGAGGGAGAUGGAGAAGACGAGGAUGGAGAUGGAGCUGAAGCAUUGCCAGAUGAUGCUGGAGUCUCAGCAGCAGAUUAUUGGCGCGUUUGCUGAAGCGUUGAGUGAGAAAAAGAGCACAAACGCGAGGAGGCCCGGUUCGUAGUUUCGAACUAUGGGUUCGUAUGUUGUUUUAAUAAUAUGAUCGUAAUUGUUUUUGAGUGUAGUACCAAGUCCAGUUACUAGGAACAGAAACUGCAGUUGAGUUUUAUUGUGUAUUGACUCUUUGAGGUUUUCAUUGUUUGGCAUUUUUGAUAACAUAUAUAGUAAGUAAACAUUUCUGUUU